AUGGCUGGCAGAUUGUUGAAGCUUUCAUUGAAUUUCUGUGAUAUAGAUUACACAGUACUGAUUUUCAAAUGCAUUAAUUUCCCAGAUACAUUCUGUGUAAAUACUGUUAUCAAGGCAUAUGCUUCCGGUUCUUUGCCCACCAAAGCUGUAGGAUUCUAUUUUGAAAUGCUUGAAGAAGAAGGGGUGUUGUUUAAACCCAAUAGUUUUACAUUCCCAUCUAUGAUUAGCUCCUGCACAAAAACAAAGGAUUCUGUAUUGGGUGAAAAAUGUCAUGGGCAGGCUGUAAAGGUUGGUGUUGACAGAACUUUACACGUAGAGAAUGCUUUAAUCCACAUGUACUCUGGGUGUGGAUUAAAUAAUGUUGCAUGGAAGGUGUUCGAUGAAAUGUCAGUGAGAGACUUGGUGUCCUGGAAUUCAAUUGUAGAUGGGUAUGUUAAAGUAAAUGAUAUGGAAGCUGCCCAUAAGCUGUUUGAUAAAAUGCCCGAGAGAAAUGUGGUAUCUUGGAACGCCAUGAUGAAGGGUUAUUUAGAUGUCAAGAACCCUGGCCUUGUGCUAAAGUUGUUCAGGAAAAUGGUCACAACAGAUGGAAAAGGAAAUGACACAUCGAUUGUGACUGUGCUUACUGCAUGUGGCAGAUCUUGUAGUUCAAAAGAAGGAAGAUCUGUUCAUGCUGCUGUUAUCCGAAUGUUCAUGGGUGUAACUUUGAUCAUUGGAACAUCUCUAAUCGAUAUGUAUAGUAAAUGCGGGAGACCAGAUGUAGCUCAUGUCAUCUUCAACACAAUGUUAAUCAAAAACAUCGUGUGUUGGAAUGCAAUGAUUUCAGGGGAAUCCAUUCAUGGGAAGAACCCAAAACACGCACUCCACCUGUUCGAUGAAAUGCUAAAACUAGUUGACAUAACUCCAGACGAAGUAACAUACAUCGGUGUGUUAUGUGCUUGUGCACGCGAAUCCUUGCUGACAGAAGGUCAAAACCACUUUCUUGAAAUGACCAAAAAAUUCAAUAUAAAACCUUCUUUCGCACAUUAUUGGUGCAUGGCUAAUCUAUAUGCAAGCCAUGGUUUAGUAAAAAAAGCAGUUGAAUUCUUAAAAAAUAUGCCAGUUGAUGUGGGGUUGUCACCCCAAUCGUCAUUAUGGGCUGGCUUACUAGGAUCAUGUCGUUUUAAUGGUGACGUGGCAAUUGGAGAACAAAUUGCAAAAACUUUGAUUGAAGAUGAUCCUUCAAAUAAUUCGUAUCAUGGUUUGCUUCUUAUAAUCUAUGCUGUGGCUGGGCGAUGGGAAGAUGUGACCAAAAUGAAGUGUAUGAUGGAGGAGAGAGGGGUUAGUGUGCCCGGAUUUAGUCUUGUAGAAUUGACCGAAAUAGUUCAUAGUCUUAAAGUGGAAGAUAAUAUAUCUAUGCUCCACAAAUAUGGAUGA